GCAGAGGUCAAGUGACUUCCAGAGGAUGCAAGGCCAGCUCAAAACCAUUAAGCAUUUUCACAAAAUAAAGGCCAAUCUGGAAGAAGACCUAAUCAGUGUACUGCACAAUGAGAGAAACAUUUUUAUAUCGCUGACCGUGGACACCAAGAGAGUCUGGCGAGAACAGAAUACAAGUUCUACACAGCACGGGCAGCUUGGUACAGCUUCACAUUCUGUGUUCAAGGAGAAUGUACGGUUGAAUGAGGCACUGAAUUAUUAUGUGAAAGAGGCGGAAGAACUGAAGAGGACCAAUGUAGCCUUGACAGAGAAGAAUGCUUCUCUUGCUCUCUUAAAGGUGCUAUCACUAACAGACAAUCAGAAAUUUUAG